GAUGUAUUUUUUUUCUUGUUCAGAAAGACGGAAAAAGACCAACCAAUAUAGCCACAAAGCGUAAAGGGUUAAAUUGUGUGAGAGCGCACUGGUUCACCUUAUUUUUCCGUGACUUAAGGUUUUUGCGGUUUCCCCAUGUAGGGAAGUUUCAUAUAAACAACCCUUCAAUAAAAAGACACAUUCAUUACAGAACGAGGAGAGAAGUGUAGGUUGUUUUCUUUAUACACUUUGUUUUCACUUAGUUUGACAACUUUUAUAGAAGAAUAUAUUGCUCAGGGGCAUGUCGAGAUCAUCAUCUAUUCCGCCACAAUGCGGCCGUGCAUUUGGUGCCAACCUCACGAAUGUACUCCGCAGUCCUACGCCUACCCCGGCAGAUUCUGAGCAGGGCGCUCUGCUGCCCUGUCUUAAAGGUUCCGAAUUCGGGGGUCUUCACAAGGGGGCAGAGCCACUACCCCCAUUGAAGCGCCACAAAACAGAACUGCAUCAAAGUGAAGACCAGGAGGCCGAUAUGCGAGUGACAAUAUUACUGAGUCCCGAUGCUCGAGAAGAGGAGAUAGGAGCAAGCGUGACACCCCAUGUGGAGGGAUGUUCAGUGUCAGUUCGCCGAGGCACCCCUUCUCCACCACCCUCAUUCCAAAUCGGGUUUGAUCAAGGAAAAUUUAGGUGCCGAAUACAUCCCUCUGAAGCGUCACUACAACUCAACAAAACCGGGGCCUACACCAUGGCUCCAAAGUAUUUGAUGGGCUCUUUGCCUGCUUCCGCUUCGCGGCGAAGUGACGCAGCGUCUGAGAACAUCCCACAGUCACAAGUCUUGGGAUGCUGCGCAACUAAUCGCUUUGAGUGGGCGAAUGAAUCAACGCACCUUUGUCAAUCUGCGGAUGUGAUUCACCAGCUGUGGCAGCGUGCUUACGCCGAAGACAGCAAAGCUGACAGCAGUAGCGACGAGUUGGAGGAUGUCAACCCUAUUUUGGAGCUCUGCCAACAACAACCAAAUUCGUUUAGUCUGUCGACAAAGACUUCACCAAACAAAAAGAGUAACGUUGAAAGUAGGGUACAGAAUGUUUGGCCACCUUUUGUUUGCAAGGAGGCCCUUGAGUUAUUUACAAAUGCGUUUGACAGCGUUUACAAUCUUUAGAAUUACAUAGAGAACGUGUUGUGGAAGGAAAUAAAGAGAUCAGAAGUGCUACCUUAUGCUAUAAUAUGUAUUAGGGGCGUGAUGAAUGUUGUGCAGAUUGCUCCAGAUGACACCUAGAAACACAUUCAUUAACGGGAUCCGGUGUGGGGAAACAAGCGUUUGG